CUUCUAAUAUUCCUCAUAAGCAAAAUUCGCUAUGCAUGCAAAAUCUCUGUGGUCCAUUCAGCAAUUGCUCAAUAAUCAAAAAUCGCAUUGUGUGUUUAUGCCAGUAUGGUUAUACUGGGACGCCACCCAACUGCCGACCAGGAUGCGUGAUUAGCUCAGAAUGUGCGCCAAAUAAAGCUUGUGUUAAUCACCGGUGCACAGAUCCUUGUUCAGGUUUAUGUGCACCCAAUUCUCAUUGCCGGGUAAUUAAUCAUAAGGCUAUAUGUGUUUGUAAACCGGGUUUUAGUGGUGAUCCUAUGAAACGGUGUCUUAAAACAGAAAAAUGCUUGGACAAUAAUACUAAUCCAUGCGAUAAGAACCCGUGUGGUCUUUAUUCGGUCUGCCAUUCUUAUGACAACCAGCCCGUAUGUUCUUGUCAAGCUGGGUACAUGGGUUUGCCGCCAAAUUGUCGACCGGAAUGUACAUUAAAUGCAGAUUGUAAUCGCACAAAGGUGUGUAUUAAUAACCGCUGUACUAACCCAUGUCCUGGUAGCUGCGCGCCUCAAGCAUUCUGCAGUGUGGUCAAUCAUAGACCUUUGUGCAUGUGUCCGAAAGGAUUCACUGGAGAUCCUUUUAAAAUAUGUUCAUUGCUAUCUAUCGAUUAUACGCCUGUAACUCCUUGCAACCCUUCACCAUGUGGAGCAAACGCUGUAUGUAAAGAAUCAAAUGGUGCUGGUUCUUGUUCAUGUAUCUCAGAAUAUUUUGGCGAUCCAUACUCUGGAUGUCGACCAGAAUGUGUAAACAAUCUUGAUUGUGCCUGGAAUAAAGCAUGUAUCAAUUACAAAUGUAUAGAUCCUUGUAUUGGUGCUUGUGGUUUAUAUGCUGAAUGUAAAGUCAGCAAUCAUGCUCCAACUUGUUAUUGUUUGCAAGGGUACACCGGAAGUGCUUUAUUAUCGUGUCAUAAAAUUGAGUUUGAUCCAACAUGUGAAGUUGAUUUGUUAAUUACGAAAAACCCUUGCAUGAAAUCGCCUUGUGGGCAAUACAGUCAGUGCCGAGCUGUAAAUGGCCAUGCAGUAUGCUCUUGUUUACCUGGAUACUUUGGAAAUCCUCCAAAUUGUCAUCCAGAGUGCAUAACUAGUUCGGAUUGUCCACAAGAUAAAUCAUGUGUAAAUCAAAUUUGUUCAGACCCGUGUCCAGGCACAUGCGGUUACAAUGCACAAUGUCGGGUCGUAAAUCAUAGUCCAAUAUGUAGUUGCUAUUCAGGUUAUUACGGUGAUCCAUUUGUUCGCUGUGCUAUUAUUGAAAAGCCUUUACCACCAGAACAGGAUAGACUGCCACAAAAUCCUUGUGUUCCAUCACCGUGUGGUCCAAAUUCUAUAUGCCAUCCCAAAGAUUAUGUUCCAAUAUGUUCUUGUUUACCAAACUAUAUUGGUCGACCUCCUUGCUGCAGACCAGAAUGCACAAUAAAUGCCGAAUGCUUUGGCAAUUUGGCUUGUGUUAAUGAACGGUGUAUAGAUCCUUGUCCUGGUUCCUGUGGUAUAAAUGCCUUUUGCAAAGUGAUUUCCCAUAAUCCUGUAUGUAAAUGCAAUGAUGGGUAUACCGGUGAUCCAUUUAUAGCCUGCCGACCAACACCAAUUUCACUACCACCACCAGCAGAUGUGCCAAGUGAUCCGUGUAACCCAUCACCUUGUGGGGCAAAUGCUAUAUGCAAAGAAAGAAAUAAUGCCGGAUCUUGUGCAUGUAUUCCUGAAUAUACAGGGGAUCCUUAUACAGGAUGUAGACCAGAGUGCGUGCUAAAUAGUGAAUGUCCUAGAGACAGAGCUUGCAUAAACAAUAAGUGUCGUGACCCGUGUCCAGGAAUGUGUGGUUUAUAUGCUGAAUGCAGAGUUAUCAACCAUUCUCCUUCAUGUGCUUGUCUUCCAGGAUAUACUGGCAAUCCAUUGUCUGCUUGUCAACUUCUCCCAGUUGCCA